AUGUCUGACGCCUCAGAUUCGUUGAUCGUUCCGACCAUUCUUACAACCGGCACGCUCCAUUUCGCGGAAAUCCCGAAAGAUGGACGGGCACGAGAGGCUAUCGGUGCGCUCAUUCAGAUCGAGGGAGUAAUGGAAGAGGUUUUGGGUGACUUGGAAGACUGUGGGUGGGCCUUACAACGAAUAAGGGCUGAGCAGAAAGGAAGACCAUGGGAAGAAGAGGAGCUCAUGGCCCUGGGAGAUGGCGUCUUAGAGUCGGACGCCCUAAUUUCUCCAAUUCUCAGCAAGCAUGAUCGCCAGUCGCAGAACAUCCAACCUCACUUCUCCUCGUUUCCCAUGACCAGUCACCUUCACAAUCCAGCUUUGCGUCUGGUGUCUCUCCAUCCAUCUCUUUACAUCGUAUUUUCUUUCUCAAGAGUUCCAGAAAUUCAUGAUGGAUUCGACUAUAAGCUCUUCAUCUCCCGGACACAAACGGUGUCUGAUACCAUCGAAAGGAUGGUAGAAGAACUGGGCUUGGCUAAGUCAUUACCCAUACCGGGUGCAGGAAAUUUGGAAUAUGUUGUAGAAGAAGUUUGGGUUGACGGGGAUAGCGAACGAAGCUCCCGUCUUCCUGGAACAACCACGAUGUUCAAAGUUGUCGAAUUUCCGUUCGGUGCAAAUCCGUUCAACUCUACUGCAAGGCGGCACUACAGAUUUUGUGUUCCGGAUGAAUGGUACCGGAGGUCUAAAUCUCGCAGUGUACCUUCGGCUUCCAGUCCGUCGGAAUCCACCAUCCGGCGCCUUGCAGCGCUCCAAGAGUCCGAGGAAGAGGAUGAGGAUGAAGGUACUGCGAAAAUUGUGGAGAAACGGGCCUCUCAGUCGGAGACUGACAAAACGAUUGAACAACGUGGCCUCGUUACGCAAGGACGACUUUCUAGUAUGUUCGAAAGUUGGCUACGGUCUACACCGCCCACUUCACCUAAUCGCAAUAGUGCCAUCCUGUCCCCAGAGAACAGAAAGAGUGUUAGCGAACCUAAGCUUGUUGAAAAACUCUCACGGAAUUCGUUCAGCAAGGCUAGUGCAUCGGAUAACAGUGAAGACGAAAAUGAGGAUGAUUUCGCUGCUUCAUUCGAGGAGAUGAUGGAUGACCUAGGCCUCAAAGGCGACAAACGGACAGCAAUGCGCGAACUUACCAUUGACCGCAAGAAAUAUCUGCUCCGCCAAAAUCAAGAUUUUAAAUCUGCGAGUAGGAGGGUGUCGACGAGCUCCCAGGGAUAUUCCGCUACUUACGGUCCAUCUAGUGCUGCUGCAUUGCUUCCGAAACUUGUUCCUCAACUUACUGGUGACGCUGGACUCAUUAGACGCCUUUCAAUGGUGGGCUGGGGACCUGCGUCCAGCACUUCGUCAACACAUGCCGAUGUUGCCGAUGCUCUCAAACAGGACGCCAGCACCCCAUCGUCGCCUAGAAUAGCCGAGUCGAGAUCAUCAGAGGAGCUGCCACCUCUACAACCCCAAACUACUGGCAGUCUCUGGAGCAGUUGGUGGACAUCGGCUGGUGGUGAUAAAACGUCAGGGUCGGACAAGCCAGGGCUUAAAGAGGUCCCUAAGUCUGCUAAAUGGUACAUUGAUGGUCUUCGUCCAGGCAAACCCGCUGACAUGAAGCUGGUCAAACAUCUGAUAACUCUGAGAGUCCACCUCUCGACUGCAAAUCUAGCCUUCAUUCAAGAAUUCAUUGGGCUGGGAAGCGGUCUCAAUGCCCUUGGUACUCUUCUGGCAAGCUUGGUUGGAAAGGGAGGCAAGAGGAAGACACUCAGUGAAGUUGAAAGCGCCGCUCUUCUAGAGGUCAUCAAGUGUCUCCGAGUUCUUCUCAACACUGAAGCUGGCUUCAAUACGGUUGUUGUGUCGCCAACCGUCAUAACUCAUAUAUCCUACGCCCUCCACGCAUCCUCCUUGAAAGUUCGUACCCUGGCCUCAGAACUCCUUGCUGCCAUUUGCAUUCUUUCUGUCACGGAUGGACACAAGGCAGUUCUAGGGGCCUUGUCGGAUUUCCGCGUAGCGUAUGACGAAAAUUUCCGUUUCGAGACCUUGUUAUCACCACUGCGUCUUCCCGAACUUACUAUCGAUGGCGAUGUCGACAACGACAGCGCUAUUGGAUUUGGGAAUGAAGAAGACGGUAUCUGGGAGGUCCGUAUAGCAACGAUGGCCUUAAUCAACGCUAUUACCAAUUGUCCCGAAAAUCUCGAGGACCGAAUGCUACUUCGUGAGGAGCUCUCUCGAAGAGGGUUAAACGAGUUAAUAGUUGCUCUGCGAUACAUAAAGCCACCAGAUUCGUUGCUAACGCAAUUCAACUUAUACACGGAGGAGAAGUUCGAAGAUGAAGAAGACAUGCGCGAACGUGCUCGGGCAUUGAUGCCUCAAACAAAGCAAGUUCAUGAACGCCCCCGGUCGGAAUCAGAAGCUUCUUUGCAAGAUCUGAUACAGUUGGCUCGCCAGCAUGGCGAACUUUAUCCUACGAUGGUUGACAUCUUACGGCACUAUGGUCAAAUCCUUCAACGAGAUGUUGGAAUACAAUUGAAGGCAGAUCUCUUCGUUAUUCUUGACCGCUUCGUCGAACAAGCUGCCAUGCUUGAUAGCUUUGACGACAGCUGGCGCAUAUUUCUUAAGCGUUUUGCAUCAUCCGUUCGGCAUAUCACAGGACAGGAUCUCGAAGUGAAGGCAUCACACGAAAGUGAUUCGAGGGAAAUUGUCGAACAAGAAUUGGAGGCUCUCCGCUUCAAAGUGGAACAACUCAGUGAUGAGCGAACAGAGUUAAGGAACGAGUUGAACCAGCAAAUUGCGGAGAUAAACACGCUCAAAUCAAUUUCCAGUGGAGUCCCCGUCCCGAAUGUCAGUAAUGCUCGAAAAGCAGGAUCCGAGCAAAAUUUUCAUGGCCUCGUUCAACGUUUGGUCCAGAAGGAAAAACAAGUUCUCCAGCUUCAGACGGAACUAGGCCGAUACAAGGCCCAGAACCCCAGCGAAGGACGAGAAGAUGAUGAACGCGCGAAGAGGGAGCGGGAUCGAAUCAAGUGGAACACAUUGAUGGAGGAAAUAACCAAGUAUAAAACCAAGAUCGGGGAACUGGAAACUUUCAUUUCGAUAAAGGAUAAAGAAAUCAUCUAUCUGAAACGCGCCCUCGAAUCCGUCUAUACCAGAUUCAUGUCAAGGGAAGAUCAUCAUGAUGGUGUCAAGGCGGCCGAAAUGGACGCGCAACUCAUCGCUAGUCGGACAAUUGAACGGUUGACCGAAAAAGACCAACAGAUUGUCUCGUUGAACAAUGAAAUCAACGAAAUCAAGGCUCUCCUCGCUGCGAGGCCCAAGACCGAACAAGAAUUCAAAGCGAAGUCUCCGCCUCCACCGCCGCCUACCAAGCCUAGGAAACUGUCGCUGGGGCCUUCUCAAUCUCCUCUUUCCCUGCAACCACCGCCGCCCCCACCUCCGAAAUCCUCGUCCUCCUUCUCGAAUGAUGACAAUACCAUGUCUGAUUCUGCAAGUAACCUUUAUCCCCUUGCCCCUGCCCCACCACCAACCCCGCCUUCUUCAAUGGCAUCGGCGUUCACUACUGAAGCGCCUCCUUCAUCUCUGCCACCAGCACCAGCACCACCUCCACCGCCGCCACCGCCGCCACCCGCACCACCUCUUCCUCCUUCGCAAAGCGGCGGGUCCAGUCUGUUGCCUCCGCCUCCGCCCCCACCGCCCCCACCUCCAGGUCGUGCAGGUGGACCUCCGCCUCCUUCAGCCUUUAGAAUGGGCUCUAAGCUAAAAAUCACCCAACCAUCAAAGAAGAUGAAGCCAUUCUUCUGGAGUAAGAUUAAUCCUAUUGAUAAGGUCACUGUAUGGAGCGAUCUUCCACUGGACCUUCAGCUCGACUUGUCCGACUUGGAAUCGACAUUCACUCUGGAUAGUACCCCCUCCACUCCUUCUCAACUCCUGAGUCCGAAGAAGCAAAUUAUUACAACUCUUUUGGACAUUACUCGUGCAAAUAAUAUUGCGAUCAUGCUCUCUCGCAUCAAAUGGGAAUACUCGCAGAUCCGUAGAUCCUUAAUAGAAAUUGACGAUGAGAGACUCUCAGUGGACGACCUCAAAUCCAUUAGCAAACAGCUCCCCACUUCGGAAGAGAUUGAGCGAAUCAAGUCUUUUGACAAUGUUAGCAAGUUGGCAAAGGCCGAUCAAUAUUUCUACCAAAUAAUGACCAUCCCACGGCUCUCGGAACGGCUCGAAUGCAUGCAAUACCGUCGAAGGCUCGAUCUUGACAUUGAAGAAAUCCGUCCUGACCUCAACAUCCUGCGGAAUGCCUCUCGUGAGUUGCGCUCGUCCGCCAGAUUUAAACAAACGCUGCAGGUUGUGUUGUCGCUUGGUAAUGCUCUGAAUGGUUCCACAUUCCGAGGCGGUGCUCGGGGAUUCCAGCUUGAUUCCUUGUUGAAGAUGAAGGAAACUAAAACUGCAAAGGGAGGCCCUGAGUGUCCAACAUUGCUUCAUUACCUUGCCAAAGUUCUCCUUCGCAAAGAUCCGACGCUGACGACUUUCAUCGAGGAGAUGCCUAAUCUUGAGGCUGCUGCCCGUGUCUCCGUCCAAACAACAUUACAGACGGUCAACGCUCUGGUCUCAGGAUUGACACAGGUCAAGGAAGAAGUGGUGCAGGUGAGGCAAUCGAGAGACAGGCCACCUAAUGAUAGAUUCGUCCAGGUCAUGGAGCAUUUUAUUGGUCAAAAGGCUCCGACCGUGGAUGCUCUGAAGAACAUGGGGAUCGCCAUUGAGAGGGAGCUACAAGCUUUGCUAACUUAUUAUGGCGAGAACCCGGAAUCCCCAGAUGCGCCGAAGCCGGAAGAUUUCUUUGGUCUCAUCGCUUCAUUUUCGUCGUCGUUGCAGAAAUGCGCACUGGAAGUACACGACAUAGAAAUUAAACUCAAGAAAACCAUUCCUACGCUCAGCGUCGAACAGCCACCGGCAGAGGAAGAACGAGAAGAGACAAUGAAGGCGCUAGAUCAAAGCACCAACGGCCCGACGUUGAAAGGGUCUCACGGACCCGCCGUUGCCAAUCGGUCCGUUGGUCGCGGGGAUCUGGACCAAGCCAUCCGAAGCAUGAGGGAAGGAAGACGCAGAAAUCGCACAGCUCGACCUCUCAGCAAGAUUUUUUUGGAUGGCGCCAACAAUGUCCGGCCUCAGAGCCGUUUAUUCGAUUGA